AUGCCUAAAUAUUAUUAUCAAGAGGAUUAUUUCCUAAAAUUUAGUCCACUUUAUAAUCAGUAUCAGCAGGUUGGAUUAACAAAUGAAGUAGAUACUUUAGAUUCCUUAAAAUACUAUAAACUACAUCUCCACGAGAUAUUGUUUUCUGUUUUGUUUUAUUCAAUCUGUUUUUACUUAUCACCAAUAAUCCUAAAAUAUUUAUUAAAGGAAAAUUAUACAAAACUAAAGAAAUCGACAAAAGUGAAUUUCGACAUUCAUUUUGUUUCCAUGAUUCAAUGUAUAAUCUCCAAUCUAAUUAUUAUGCCCUUGUUUCAAGAUCCUGACUUGAAAGCAAAGCGAUUUACAAAUUAUACACCAUAUGCAGGAUUAGUUUCAUCUUUAACCAUUGGAUAUUUUAUUUGGGAUCUAAUUAUGUGUAUCUUUUAUUUCAAACUAUUUGGUUUUGGUUUUCUAUUGCAUGCUGUUAGUUCAUUAAUCGUUUUCACCUCAACUUUAAAACCCUUUUUAAUGUACUGGAUUCCAAGGUUUUUAAUCUUCGAAUUGAGCUCACCUUUUGUUAAUAUUAACUGGUUUGUCAACAAGUUGCCUAGUGAUUUUGUACCUCUAAAAGUUCAAAUUAUUAAUGGGUUAUUAUUAAUUGUGACAUUCUUUUCAGUAAGAAUAGUAUGGGGGUUCUAUGCAGCAUAUAAAGUGAUUGAGGACUUUUGCUUUAAUUGGGAGAAACUUGAUCUGAUCUCAAGAAGUUUAGGAGUGUUUGUAAUGGCACUAAAUAUUGGAUUGGACAUUUUAAAUGUAUUCUGGUUCCAAAAGAUGAUCUCUAUCGCAAUAAAGCAUAUCAGAGGGGAUACAAAAAAAAAGGGCUCUCAUUCGGCAUCCAAGCUCCAGUCCAUCGUCAAGGAGAAGUCUGAUCUGAAGGAAACACAGGAGUGCUCUGACUCUUCCACAUCUCUUUCUUCUGCUUCUUCUGCUUCUUCCUCUUCCUCCAAUUCGUCUGUUUCUGCUUCCUUUGUGAAAACAUCCAGAAACAGAAAGACCUGA